CAGACGUGCUAGGGAGGCCAAAGGUGGGGAUCUGCUAUUCAGUGAGCCCCUGGGAGGACUAAAGACCAAAGAAGGUAAGCUUAUGACGACGAUGCUGCAAGGUUGCCGACAAAUGCUGGCGCUUGCUACACGGGCCCGCACGGGUGUGUUUGCUGCUGGCUGGAGACGGUAUGUGAGCAGAUACGACGGGACGCCGGGGUCGUUGGGCCACUCGGACCUGGGCGAGGCGGCACUGGACAGCAAGAUCGAGACGGUGGAGCUGGUGUUCGACAAACACGUUCCGCCGGCGAACCUGCCGGCGCCGUUGGCGCCGCUGCCGCCGAUUGUGUUCCUGCACGGGCUCUUUGGCUCGAGAGCGAACAACCGGUCGGUGUCGAGACAGCUGGCGAAGCGUCUCAACACGGACGUGUACUGUCUGGACCUGCGCAACCACGGCGACUCGCCGCACAACGCCCGCCACGACUACCCGGCGAUGGCGGCGGACGUGGAGCGGUUCAUCGCGGCGCAGGGUCUGCAGCGGCCGGUGCUCGUCGGACACUCGAUGGGCGCCAAGUGCGCCAUGGCGGUGACGCUGCGGCGGCCCGAGCUGUGUGCCGGCCUCGUGGCCGUCGACAACGCCCCCGUGAACUUCACCGGCGGGGCGACGGGCUUCAGCAAGUUCGGGCAGUACAUCCGGCAGCUGCAGAAGAUCGAGCGGGACCGCACCCACAUGCACACCAUGAAGGACUGCGACCGCGUGCUUGCGGAGGUCGAGGACAAGCUCCCUGUGCGCCAGUUUCUCGAGACCAACCUCAAGAAGCGGGCCGGCGGCCACGCCGGCUACUACUCCCGCGUGCCGCUCGACAUCAUGGCUGCCCAGAUCGACAACGUCAGCUCCUGGCCCUUCAACAGCGACAAGACCCGCUGGAACGGGCCCACCCUAGUUGUCCGUGGGCUCAAGAGCGCCUACGUCGCCGACGAGUUCCUGCACGCCGUCGCUCUCUUCUUCCCACGCUUCACCGCCGUGGACAUCGAUGCCGGCCACUGGCUCAUCAGCGAGAAGCCCAAGGAGUUCAUGGACUGCGUCGCCCGCUGGAUCGACACCACCUUCGAGGACCCGUAGACGCCUCCGGCUUCCCUCCGGCCCCUAUCUAAUGGACUUUAAUGUAGCCAAGCACACAUCUUCUACCCAUUAGUUGCCCGAUUCGGCAGCGCUUGUUUUCCGAUUCAUGUUGCGGUCGAUCGGCCC